UAGGCGGCGCUCUUCGCGAACACAUGUCGUCGGUUUGCUACAUGUAAACAGAAAACUAAUAUUAUAUUCCAAUUUAGUUUCUCAAUUCAAUGACUAUUCGUAGUAUUGAAGGGCACCCAGUUUAAUCUGCAUGGUGUUUUCUAAUGUUAUAAAAAAUGUUUGUGGCGACGUUUUCAGUGCAGGAGCAGAGAGAACUAGCCGAGAAGCUGACAUCGCUCCUGUCAACCUACAGACGGAUAUCAGACUCCUAUAUAAUAGAGUUCUUCAGUGAGAGUUUGUGGGAUACUCUGCCUGUGAGCUGGCAGGAAGCCCUCGGUGAUCUUACACCCCCACAGAUCGCUGAUCUGCUGCUGGAUAAAGAGAUUAAGGACAGGCGGUACCCAUCUGUGUGGCCUCUGUCUUUACUGGCACUGCGGACAGCAGCACAUGUGCUGUCGUUUCCACGUAAAGCACCAGGUGGGCACAGUCAGGACGCAGGUGCAGCAGUGCCAGAGUUUCAGUCCAACCAGAGUCAGAGCUCUUUGUUAGGACACAUUUUCCGUAAACACGUCAAGCCCAAGAAGCAGCACGAAAUCCUCCGCCUAGGCACGCUGGUUAAGAAGUUGUGUGAUCAGGCUAACUGUUACUGUGUGGUUGAUGUUGGGUCUGGACAGGGCCAUUUGACACGGUUUCUGUCUUUUGGACUCGGCCUAGAUGUUACUGGAAUUGAGGCUGAUCCCAACCUUGUUUCUAUGGCUAACAAAUUUGAUAGACAGCUCCUAUUGGCACUCACCAAAGAGAACCAAAGGUCAGGAAAAGCUCAAGGUCUGCAUUCUGAACCUGGUCCUUCUCCUCAUCAUGUGGUGGGCUGGGUCAACCCACUGGCUUCAUGGCAUGUCUUCAUUCAGCAACUUGUGACAGCAAGUGAAAGUGAUAGUAGUAUUGGACCAACCACUGGGCCAUAUGAAAAGAAACAGAGGGUGGAAGAUCUGCAUCUGAAGCCGCAUUCAUGCCAAACCAAAGCAGAGUUACAAAAUACUCUUCAGGCACAAAAGACUCACAUAAAUAUUUCAGACUCUGUAGCCCAAGUAAACAUUGGGGCUUUUCCAUCAGGAAUGGCAACCGGAAUUCUUACCUGUGAAAGCAUCCCAGUUACUGACUGUGGUGCCAAAGAACUGGGUAGUUUUGUCCUUACAGGUCUUCACGCCUGUGGAGACCUCAGCUCCACACUUCUGCGCCAUUUCACCAACUGCCCUCCGGUUCAGGUCAUCACGUCUGUGGCUUGCUGUUACAUGAAAAUCUCAACCCAGGAGAACCCAAACCCUCCUGGGGUAUUCCAGCCCUCGUUUUCUUCAGACAUCCCUGUGGCGGAUUCCUGUUCAGAAUAUGGUUAUCCAAUGAGCGACUGGGUACGCGGAUUACCAGGGCACCAAUUGUCCUACAAGGCACGAGAGGGAGCGUGUCAUGCAAUAGAGGACUAUCUCCAGCGGUUGAGAGAGGAGAGCGGGUUACUGCGGACACACUGCUAUAGAGCCAUCUUAGAAAGCAUCAUCAGAGCGGAGAGGCCUGAUAUGCGCAGACCUGGAGUUCAGACCAUUAAGAAAGCCCACGCACUGUCAUUUUCUGAGUAUGCUCGUUUGGCAUUGCCACGAGUGGGCCUACCCGCUGAUCUCCCAUAUGACUCUGUCUGUGUGGAUACAAUGCUAGCGCACCAGGGUAAAGUGGUGGUGUAUUUCAGCCUGGUUCUUCUCCUGGCACCUGUGGUGGAGACUCUAGUGUUACUGGACAGAAUGAUUUUCCUGCAGGAGAGAGGUUUUAUGAGUGAACUCAUCCCACUCUUUGAUGCUGCUUUUUCCCCACGAAACCUGGUACUGGUGGCCGUCAAGCCAAAAGAAGCUCGAAGCCGAGUGAAAUAACACACCAAGAUAUUCAAACCCACGUUCUGCAUCAACCACAUAAUUAGAUUUACAGUAAUGAAUGAAAUGGCCAUAAAUGAACUGCCACACAAACCAUCAGACAUUUGGGAACUGAAAUUAUAGGUCUGAUUUUCCGUUUUCCAGAGAGACCCAAUGGGCCAUUGUUCAGUAAUUUUUUCCCCUUCCAUACUUUUGACUCAUAAGAAAAAGUUGUCAUUUUAAAUUAAUUUGUCUGAAUUACUGAGAGAAAUUCUUUCAAAUUCUAAUCUUUUAAUAUGUGAU